CUUUCCAUGAAACUCUCCGAUUAUAAAGUUAUGGUCAUAGGUCCUUAUCCUCCUAAUGCUCUUCUUCGUGAUACCUUUUCAACUGUGAGCUCAGUGGAUACUGUAAAAGAAGCCUUGACUCGUUUACAACAGCAACAACAAGAUACCACUAUUAAUAAUAAUAAUAAUGACACCAACCCUUCUACUUUAUUAUUGAUCGACACUGAAAAUGAACAUCGAAAUAUCCUCCUAUUGAAAAUGAUAAUAUAUCAUUUACGCCAUGUUUAUUUAGGCAAUGUUAUUCCUCUUGUUUGUUGCUUCAAUGAUUCUCCAAAUUAUAUGAUGACAUGUAUCAAUCAUGGUGCUGCUGGCUAUCUUCUCAAACCCUUACGCCAAAAUGUUAUCCAAACUAUGUUUUUGCAUGCUCAUCGUUAUUCUCCACCAAUUCAAGUACCACCACCGCCGUCACCAACUCUAUCUAUAUCAACACCUUCUAUGGAUUCAACAUUUGUUUCCAAAGUGGAUCCUCAUUGGCAUCAUAAUAAUCAACGGUAUCAUCAAAUUCGACAACUUUUUCAUCAACAUGAUAGAUUAUAUCGAUCAGUACUGGAUUCUUAUGCAGUGCGACAAUCGAGGAAACCAUGUGACGUGGCGAUUCUAUCAAGGCAUCACAAAAAUGAAUUAGCAAACCGAGUAUGUCAAUGGAACUUUAAUCCUUAUGAUUUGGAUGAUAUUGAACUGAUUUACUGUGUGUCGUGGAUUUUUGAUCAAGUCUUCCAAUUACCAGAUUUAGCAGCUUACAAAUUAUCACAAGAGCGUAUGGAUCAAUUUAUUCAAGAAUUACAUGAUGGGUACCUUAAUACAAAUGCAUAUCAUAGCUUUUGUCAUGCUGUUGAUGUCCUUCAAGCCAUGUAUUACACUUUAUGUCAUAUGGAUCUCUUGCACCAACCAAAAAUUUCACCUUCUAUUACACAAAAAACUCUUUAUGUCAAACAACUUCUUGGUCCUAUUGGUAUAUUUGCACUUCUUAUGAUUUGUGUUAGUCACGAUCUUGGUCAUCCUGGGGUUACUAACACUUUUAUGAUCAAUACAUCUACUUCCUUGUCUUUGAUAUAUAAUGAUGUUUCUGUAUUGGAAAGUCUACAUGCCACUCUCUUUUGUCACUUGUUUCAAAAAUAUUGGCCUACUCAUCUACAAGAUAAAAAUGAUGACCUAUUCAGAAAGUUAGUGAUACAAGGUAUAUUGGCAACAGAUAUGGCAAUGCAUCAGGAAUAUAUGACAAAAUUUAUGCAGCUUGAAAAAACAUUGUACUCACAAGAACAACCACCAAUGAAUGACGAUGAUCAACGAAUCUUGAUAUGUGCUGCUUUGAUCAAAUGUGCCGAUAUAUCCAAUAUUGCAAGACCAUUCUCAGUGGCCAAGGUAUGGGCACAACGUCUGGUGGAAGAACUACACUUUCAAAGCGAAAUGGAAGCUGAAUUGGAUUUGCCUUCAUUAUAUACUUCAUUUGGUAUUCCACUGGAUGAAGAUGGCCGAUUACCACUACCUCCUUUCCAAAAACAAUUUAUUAGUCGAGUAGGAAUUAAUUUGUUUGAAGCUACCAACAAUCUUGUAUCCGGUUUGGAUGAUUGGAUAUGCAUAGCAAAGAGAAACAUGACACUUUGGAAUCUUGAACAACAAUGAUUAUCAAGGGUAUCAUAAUUUUUGAACAAUGUGACACAUUUUCCCCUUAUCAUGUAUAUAUAUUAUACACUUUAUUCACUCUUUUU